UGUUCGACUACUUUUGCAGGACUGAGAAACUGACAGACAUCUCGGUUAAAUGGACGCAGAAAUUCUGUACGGUCCGGACAAACACCAAGCACAACCAUGCAACAGCUGCAUAAAAUCCAUGAACCGGCGGGGAACCCUACAGGAUGUCUCACUAGCCAUUUGCCCGCAUAGGCAGCUUGCAGAAAAGUACAAAUACCUUCGCGAGGAACAGAGUGACCUGUCGAUCGGCAUAUUUUCAGAGCACCCUGAUCAGAAUGCAGAUCCUGCGUAUUGGCUCGUUUGCAGCAAUUCUCCUGGCAUCGUCCAUCGAAGCUUCACUGGAUAUAGUUUCCGGAGCCACAUGGACGGCAGCUGGAACGGACCAGCAUAUUCAAGCCCAUGGUGCCGGAAUAAUCGAGGUUGACGGAACCUACUAUUUGAUUGGAGAGAACAAGCUGGAUGGCACGUACUUUCAAUCGGUUAAUUGCUACUCAAGCAAGGACCUGAUUGAAUGGGAGUUCGUCAAUGAGCUCCUAUCUGUUCAGGAGUCAGGAGACUUAGGACCACAGCGGAUUGUCGAGAGACCCAAGGUUAUCUACAAUGAUGACACCGAGCAAUAUGUCAUGUGGAUGCACAUCGACUCCAGCGAUUAUGGCGAUGCAAAAGCUGGUGUCGCAACUGGUUCGAGUGUUUGUGGAGACUAUACAUACAUCAACUCGACGCGCCCUCUCGGAUAUGUUUCUCGGGACCUAGGGCUGUUCAAAGAUACCGAUGGGACUGCGUAUCUGUUGACGGAAGAUAGAGACAAUGGGCUCCGGAUCGACCUUCUUUCUGCGGAUUACCUGACCGUUGAAUCGCCGGUCCAUCUUUUCGAGACUUAUGAAUCCCCGGCGAUCUACAAGAGCGGUGAUACAUAUUUCAUGUUCGGAUCGCAGCUGACUGGAUGGGAUGCAAAUGACAAUCGAUACACCACGGCAACGAACCUUUCAGGACCCUGGUCCGAGUGGACGAACUUCGCACCCGAAGGGUCAAAAACGUUCACCUCGCAGUCAACAUAUAUCCUAGAGAAGGAUGGCGUUGUAAUCUAUAUGGGCGAUCGCUGGGUGCCUGGCAACCUAGCUUCAUCAACAUAUGUUUGGCUCCCGUUAACCAUCUCAGGAACUAAAGCAACAUUGAAUGACGCAUCAGCCUGGAAAUUCACAGAUGGAAGCUGGGAGACUGCAGAGCCGGUCACCACGCUCCCUGCAGUUUCAGAUGACACCACACUUGGCGGCUCUGCCCGUACUGUGACCGAUGAGAGGGUAGGAUAUCUCGGUGGUCCUGACAAUGGAACUCUGACAUUCAGCUCGGUCUCUGCAUCUGGGAGUGGAAAGCAUACUGUGCAGAUUACCUAUCGCAAUGGCGAUGGGUCCCAGAGAUACUGUGCUGUGGUUGUGAAUGACAAGUCGUACAAGGUGGCUUUCAGUUCGACUGGUACUUCUGUGGGCACCAGCAUUGUGCAUGCGGAAUUUGCUGAUGGAGAUGAGAAUGAGAUUCGAUUCGAAGGAUUGGAUGGGAAAUAUUGUCCUGAUAUUCAAGAAUUGGUGAUUUCGUAGUUUGGCCAAAAAAGAUUCUCUACGACUUUGCAGAAUCACUUUAUCGGUCGGGGGCUACUGAAAUUGGAAUGAGGUGUGGAGGAAGUGUAGAUGUAGUAAUGAAUCC